UUUUGCAUAUCAUUCGCAAAUUGUGUUAUGGUUUCGGAAGUUCACCGAAGUUUGAGUGCAUUUUUCUCUGAAUACUGCACACAAUAAUGAUAAUUCGUGAAUAUUGGAACAUAAAAACACAAAAUAACAAUAUUAACAAUAACAUAAAGUAGAAAAAUGGUGACAGGACACUCAUCCACUCCCGGCCGAAAGUUAAGACCACAAUAGAAUGUUAUAAUACACAGUUAUCUCAGUUUUGGCCGGGGUGGCGCGAGAAGCUCUUCUAAUGCGGAACGCAUGUAGACAGAUAAAUAUCAUUAUUAUUUAUUUUACAGCUGGGUAACCAAAGUAGCUUGAAUACGUCACACUGGCUAAUUUGAUGACACAUGAAUUACAGGCUGCAGAGUCCAGAACUUCUUGAAAUUCUCCACCUUUAAAGACUCGGUGUCCUUCCACAUGUUCCUGCCCUCCACACUCCCCUCAAAAGUAGUAGUAGAGCAGGGAAACAAGACUACCUCUCUAUUGGUAAAUGACACGAUGGGGAGUGAGUUUAGCCAACGGUGGGAGAAAGUGAGGCUGGAGAUGCGGGGGCAACUGCGGCUGAUCCGGAAUGGCAAAAUGUGGGUGGAGAGCAACGACUCCGUGACUCAAGAACCCCUCAAAACAGUGAGAGUGGGGCCCGCCAUUCUCCUGGAGAACUGUCCACAAGGACUGCCAAACUGGAAGCUGGCACGUAGUAUACAGGAAGUGGAACAAGUUCUGAGACGUGGAACUCAAGAAACUUUUAGUCUGAUGUCUCCAGCCCCUGUGAGUCCUUCCUUCUCUGUGGGGAACACCAGCUUCAUAAUGUGCUGGGACAAGCAGACCAGCAGACCUGUUCUCACUAGAAUGAAUGGACUACUCCACCCAGUGCCUGCUUCACACUGGGUCAACCUCCUGUUCAACUUGAAUGAAUGGGAUUUUACUUUGGAAAUCCAGGACCCAGUGGAUAAAAAAUACCUGAUUAAGAUUCCUUCACCUAACAAGAACCAAAUCAUCAAAUUCCACACUUAUGGGCUCACCAACAACUUGUAUGUGGUGCAACACUUGGAAGGGUUACCAUCAUACACAAGUACCACCUCAGAUAAAACAGACAUUUGCCUGUGGGUGGCUGUGCCAGUGAUAUGUGUCCUGCUGGUGCUGCUGCUGGUAAUGUCAUGCCUCUUUGUAUUCCUUCAUCUGUGCCGGAUGGGAAACCGCAAGGUAGUGCAAGUACUCAGAGAAAACCCACCAGUGCUGUCUCAAACUGUGUCUGACAAUGAAGGCUAUCUUGAGCCUAGACAAGAUAAUUGACUUGUUGACUACGGAUGAGCAGAACUGGGAACUUUAUAUUUCAUUGCCACUUGUAAGCAAAAGUAAAACAAAUUGCAAAGUUCAUGAAUUAUGAUGCUACAUCAAAGAUCAGUACUGUUCAGCAUUUCAGGAAAAUGCUGUCUCUAUCAACAAGAAUCAGCUGUGAGCCAAGGUGGGACUUGUAAGCUCUCAACUAUUGGCUAAGCACUGCACCACACAGCCACUGAACCUGUGCAUCAUUUUGAAAGUUAGAAAAAGAAAUCUUACUAUGUAUUAGUAACACAC